AUGUGUGUGUGUGUUGUAAGCGGCGUGUGUAGGGCGCCGGUGGAGGCGUGUGGCGGGGGCGGGGGCCGGCGCGGGCACGCGUCGCCGCCGCCCGUGCGCGACGCGUCCAGCCUGAAGAGCGUCAAGUACGGCCCGGGCCACGAGAAGUUCCCGUCCUGGCCCCUGAAGACGGUGCUGGAGCGCUGCGAGAAGAUCCCGCCGGAGGCGUUCGAGUCGCGCGGCGAGCGCGAGCGCGAGGCGCUGGAGGAGAUGGCGGCGCGCGGGCCCCUCUACCUGCCGCGCGUGGACCGCGAGGGCAACGAGCUUGGCGACAUCGACUACCUCGUGCCGUCGCCGCCCGAGCGCGACCUGGAGGAGUUCGCCAAGGCGGGCGGCCACGCCCACCCGGCGGCGGCGGCGGCGGCCUGCGGGCGGCGCGCGCGGGCGCUGGCGCGGGCGGGGCUGCGGGCGCGGGCGCGGGCCCCAGCGCGCUCACCCAGGCCGACCUGGAGGCUUCAUUCGCUGCGCCGGGACAGCGAGGUGGCCGGCGAGGGCCGUCCGGUGCCCGGGCCGCAGGCGCCGCCCUCCAGCAGCGCGUGCUCGUCGGCGGGGGCGGGCGCGGGGCCCGGCGCGUGGGAGGAGGCGGCGGCGGCGGCGGAGCGGGAGCGCGACCGGGAGCGGCCGGGGCGCGACAGCGUCGUCACCACCAGCUCCGGCAGCGCGUCCAGCAGCGAGACGCUCAAGUGGCACGGCUCGCUCAGCGACGUGAGCGUGGCCAGCAGCUCCUGCGCGCCGCCCGCCGCCCACGCCCACGGCGCCACGCACGCCCACGCAGGCGGAGGGUCGCGGCAGCUGAUCGCGCACAGCGCGCGGGUGCAGACGCCGCAGCGCCACCACUCGGAGAGCGUGCUGUACCUGGGGCAGGCGGCGGCGGCCGCAGCGGCGGCGCGCGCCUCCCACCACUCCCACAAGCUGCGCCUCUUCCCCGUGCACACGUACACGGUGCAGCCGCCGCAGGAGCAGCCGGCGACGGCCCAGGCGCAGCCGCAGGCCCAGGCCCAGGCCCAAGCCCAGACCCAGCAGCAGCAGGCGCAGCCGCCUGCGCAGUCGCCGCCGCAGUCGCCGCAGCAGCAGCAGACGCAGCCCGGACACAGAAACAUGCCUGUGUCUCCUACGCAACCAACUCUCUCCGUUGCUGAGCGCAUUAGUGAACUUGAACGUCAGCAACAACAGCAGCAACAGCAGCAGCAGCCGCAGCAAAGUCAGCUGCAACAGCAACAGACUCGGUACACUUACUAUGAUCCCGACAAGAGACAUCGCGUUUCCGAUCCGACCCUGAAGGCUAUCCAGAAGAAGGCUCUGCUUUCUUUCUACGAGCGUCAUCACCAAGGACCCGUUGUUCAGGCUGGUGUGCCCAGCCGCUCUCACCAAACGACGUGGAGGUCGGAGCCCCAUCUGGCUCAGCCAGCGGUGCCCAUGCCCUGCCCGCCGCAGUCCCCACCUCCUCCACAGCCACCUCCCAGGCCAAGAAAUGGGAGUCAGUCCGCUCGAAGAGCCUCAUCCGCAUCAGAUUAUGCUGGAGGAGCAUGGAGAGAGAUGACAGCUAACAGGGAACCAGCUUCAUCCGAGACGAACAACAUGCGUGAAACUGCUAGACAUCAGCAUAGUUGCGGAUCUCUAUCAACAGAUCUCCUGGGGCCUGUCAUUAUGGGACCUUCUAUAUCAGUGGAUGACUGGGUCCCUGAACGUCCUCCUAAGAAACCUCAUUUACGUACUGCCUUCCCUCCCCCUGUUCCCGACAGAAUGGCCAGUCCGGACCUUCCUCCUCCGUCUCCUCCACCCGUUCUGGAAGAUGAGGUUUUCGCUACAGAUGAGCCUUUGCCACCCCCUCCUCCAGACCUGCGUCCUUCAGACUGGCCUUUUGCCUCGGAACUCAGCCCAGAGAAAUCUCAGAAACCUUCAGAGUCCUCUUCAGAUGUGCCAAGAUUCUCCGAAAAGGAGAGCUCUGUGAAGCAAACUGACUAUACAAAUCUUUCUCCUCGUUCAUCAGAAUCAACACAGAAAUCUCAAGUUGAAUGUAGUCAGAGACAUGAGAGAGAAGUGUGUAUGCCAAUAGCUAGACAUCAGGAGUCCAGUUGCCAGAUGCCAAGACAAGCUGAAAAUCCUCCUUCACCCCAAAGAUCACAAACAUUGAGUUCCUCUUUCCAGAAACAUAAUGAAGCUGGUUCUGUUUGCCAUAAUCACCCUGACAACUCACCAUGCAGUCGACAACAGGAUCUUGAAUUGCCCAAUGCACCACUGCACCAUCGCCAAGAUUCCAUUUCACAUAAUAAGUAUCCGGAUAUUCCAUCAAAAGAGCAAAAGCAUAUUGAUUCCUGUUCUAUCUCGUCAAAACAUUCAGAUACUAGGAGUCCUGAGAUGAGUGCAUUUGUUCAGAAAUAUUCUCAGAAUUCUCAGCGAUACAGUGAAAAUAACCACCAUGUCCAGAGGCAUCCUGAAACUGAAUUUUCAAAUCAUAGGUAUUUGGAAAAUGGAUCCACAGCACAUCCUCGAAUCCUUGAAACAGGUCAUGCAGUGCAUAGGCAUUUGGAAACUGGUGCUACAAUGCAACGCCAUAACGAAGUCAUGCAGAGGCAUUCAGAGAACAACGUAAAUCACAGGCAUUCUGAAUCAAAUCAUGGUGCUCAAAGACACUCGGAAACGUCUUACUCUCUUCAAAGACCCAUCCCUCAGAGAACAGUAGAUAAUGACAAUGUGCCAUCAAGACAAUCUGAAAGUUACCAUCAAGGAAACAACAGUUUCAUUCAGAGGCACUCUGAAAGUAACUUGCCUCAAAAGUUCUCAGAAAGCUUCUCAUCUGCUAGAAGUUUUCAGCAAGAGCACUUCAACAAGUCUUUCAAACAUGAUGAAAAUGUGUCCCAUCAGUUCUCUCAUAAUACAAGUCAUCAACGACACCCAGAUAUAAGACAGUAUGAAAGUAAUUCACACCCUCAGAAAUAUUCUGAUAAUGAGUCAACUACACAUAGAAAUCAGCAUAGCAAUACACUUCAAAAGAACUAUGAGAAUGGCAUCUCUUCUCACAAUUCUCAUGGUCCACCUUCACCUAAGAAGGAGAACAUAUCCAUGCAGAAAUGUGUGGAAAAUGGUGCAAUAAAUCAAGCUCAUAUGGAAAACAAUAUGAGGCAAUUUGAAAGGUAUCAUGAGAAUGGUUGUCCUCCUCCUGUACACAGGUAUCCUGAAGGAGGAGGAACUUUGAACCGCAGAUACCUUGAAAGUAACAGAUCGUUGGAUGGGAGUAGUGCCAUGUACAGAUAUCAUGAAAGUAAUUCACUUGGACACCGCUACAACAGGCCCUCGGGAAUGAGAUCAACAGAAAACCUUCAUCAAAAAUGCUUGGAGACUCCAAUGUCAAAGACUCUGGAUAGUUGGACAGCACAGAAAUAUUCUACUCAAAAACUCGUAGUGAAUGGGAAACUUGCUGCUCCUCUACCUGACAGAACAGUUCAAAACGGAGGAUUCACUGACUCAUUGCGAAUGAGUGACCUAGAUAGAACCAAUAAGAGGAACAAUAGUAAUUUCAUGUCCAUGCCAGCUAGAGCCCGACUUCAGAGAUUACCUCUGGCUGUGCCCAAUGGGGACCUUCCGCCCAAACCUCAGUCAAUGUCCCCAAGGUCUCCCAGCAGUUCGAGUCCCACCCAGUCGCUUUCUCCCACAGGCCCCAGGUCUCCCCCACAUUCUCAGAUGUCAUCGCCUCGAUCUGUUGCCCAAGGGCAUUCAACUGAGCACCGACAUGUGGCAGUGCCUGGUGCGAGAUCACCUCCUCGAGAGAAGGGUCUGUUACCUGGGGGCCCAAGAUCACCACCUCACUCUGUAGCUGGACCUAUGAUGUCUCACAUCAUUACAUCGAGCCAAGCAGAUUCCAAGAAUCAGAGUUUGGGUGAUGCAGCUCCACACAUCGAACAGAGCACGUCCAAGGCGUCGUACAUCGCGUACCGACGCGAGCGCGACCGAGGGCUGCCCAAUUUCGAAGGCAGCUACAAGCGCACCAUGUCGCCCUCGGAGCGGCCCGAGGUGCUGGUGGACACCCCCGCCUCCAGCCCGGUGCCAGAGUGCGACCGGCUGUCCGUGGGGGAGUCGUCGAGCGCGGCCAGCCUGGAGGAGAAGGACUUCCGCGCGAGCGCGCUCCACGCCUGCUCCAACGCCUGCUCCAACGCCUGCUCCGACAAGACGCCCCCCGGCAUCAAGGAGGAGCCGCCCAUCGUCAUGGAGCGACUCGACCUGCUGCCGGCACCUGCGGGGCGCACCAGCCCGCGCUCGCCUCCGCGGGUGCUGGGCCGCGAGGCCAGCCCCGACGUGGUGCCCGCCCUCGCCCUCGCCCUCGCCCUCGCCCCCGCGCCCGCCCCCUCGCCGGCCCCGCCGCCCCGGGUGGAGAGCGAGACGCAGUGCGACCUCACCGAGGACAAGGGCGGGCCCUCGCCCGCGCCCGACUCACCGCCCCGCUCGCCCGCCCCCGCCCCCGCCCACGCCCACGCCACGGCAGCGCCCAGCCCCAAGGUGCAGGUGACGGAGUGCCUGCAGCUGGUGCAGCGCUCGGAGGUGGUGUUGAGGGUGAACGCGGCCACGAGCGACGCGGCGUCGCAAACGGAGGUCGAGCAGGAGGCGGACGCCCCCGCCCCCACGCCACCCGCCUCGCCCACC